AUGUCGAACGCCUCAGUUGGCAACAUCUACCACCAGAUCAUCAAUGAGGUGAUCGAGGCGUCGCGGGUCGACUUUGAGGACCAGGGCGUGGGCGAGGAGGUCCUGGAGGAGCUGCGCAAGGGAUGGCAGAUGAAGUUAUCUAAACUCCAGGUCGCCGCCUUUCCUUGGGACCCUCCACCACCUCCUCCGGUGCAAGCGCCGGCCCAGACCCAGUCUCAACCUCAACAGGCUGCUCCUGUGGCUCAGCCAGCCCCAAGUGUUCCCGCUGCUCCCGUUCAACAGAUGGGCGCACCGAGCUACACAACGGCAACGCUCAGCCCCCAGCCUGCACCCAACGCCCAACCCCAGCCAUUGGCCAAUGGUCUUCCUGGGCCAUCCCAGGUUGCGGGUGGAUACAAUGCCAGGCCUGAUUCCAUGAAGCCCGAGCCUCUUAUCAAGCAGGAGCCAGGACUUGCCAACAACGGCAUUCAACAAGCCCCUAAUCAGGGAAACCCAUCUUCGUACGGCGGCAACAAUCCUGCAAAUGUUGCUGCUCAGCGCGCCGCUGCUCAGCUGCAGAACACAUAUGGGUCUCGAGCUGCUGCCAGCAUCAGCGCAAUACAGGGCUAUGGUCAGAGUGCCCAGCCGCAGAAUGCUCCCCGUCCGGGCGCUCCUGGCCAGCCCAACCAGGGACAGCGUCUUCCACAGCAGGCUCAGUACAGCCAACAGAUGGCCAACCAGCUUGCCAUGCAGCAACAGCAGCAGCGCGGAGUGCAGCCGCCGCCUCGUCCCGGACAGCAGAACAAUGGCUUCCAGCAGUCCCAGGUCGACGGUGCCGCCGAUGAUUACGAGGGCGUCUUGAUGCGGAGAGAUCAGAAUGGAGAGACUUCCGAGGUUGGUCGUGUUGAGAUUGACCGCAUGCUCCAUGACCAGAUCGCUGCUCGAGCCAAGCAGAUGGAGGGCGGUGGCCUGAUGCUACCCCUGAAAGAGGCCACCAAGCACAAGUCUAUCGGCAAGAAGACUGCUUCUAGUGGUCCGUCGGGAUUCGACGGCGUCGACGACGACAUCAAGAGGGAGGAGGUGGACGAGGACGCCAUCAACUCCGACCUUGAUGACCCUGACGAGGUUGACAUCGCGGAUGAUGACGACGAGGAGAAUAUGGGACACAUUAUGCUCUGCAUGUACGACAAGGUCCAGCGCGUGAAGAACAAGUGGAAGUGCACAAUGAAGGACGGAGUUCUUAACGUCAACGGCAAGGACUAUGUCUUCCACAAGGCAACUGGCGAGUAUGAGUGGUAA